CAUGGCGCUUGAUCCAUCGAAUUGUUUUGGUUUUCUUAUUUUCGUCCCCUACUCGUAUUUACAAGUGAUUAGUGUCGUAUGUAUUCGUUAUUUAAUAAAGAAAUAACAAAUAUAUGUCCAAGAAAUAAAAGAAACAAAAUUCAGUCUCAUGAGUAAUAUUAAACAAGGAUUCGUUGCUGUGCACGUAGGUGCUGGUCAGCAUUCUACGUCACUCAAGGAAAAAUAUCAAAAGUUGUGUCGUGAGGCAUGCAAAGUGGGGGUUGAAAGUCUGAAAUCAGGUGGCAGCGUAUUAGAUGCAGUUGUUAAAGCUACGGUUGAAUUAGAAGAUUCUCCCAUGACAAAUGCUGGGUUUGGAUCAAAUCUCACCCUAAAUGGAACAGUAGAAUGUGAUGCAAGCGUGAUGGAUGGUAGUAGCUUGCAGUUUGGUGCAGUCGGUGCAGUAAGUGGAAUAAAAAAUCCCAUCUUACUGGCAAAGCGGUUAUGCGAGCAACAAUCCAUUAAAUUUCCAUAUGGCAGAAUCCCACCUAGCUUUUUGGUUGGGAAUGGCGCGCAUAUUUGGGCUCAUGAAAUGGGUAUACAAACCUUACCACCGGAACAGUUGAUAUCAAUGAGAGCCCAGAAGAUCUAUAAGCACUACAAGAGAAAAGUAGAGGAUAACAGUGUGGAAAUUCAAAAGUGUGCUAAAAAAAGAAUGGAUACUGUGGGCGCUAUAUGUGUCGAUGAUAACGGAAACAUCGCUGCAGCCUGUUCGAGUGGUGGUAUAAUAUUGAAAUAUCCGGGAAGAGUCGGACAGGCUGGAGUAUGGGGCUGCGGUACUUGGGCCAGCAAUGAUACAUCUCACUCGAUAGGCACCAGUACGUCAGGUUGCGGGGAACACCUUGUGCGCACCUCGUUAGCACGCACAAUCGCGGAAGCCAUAUCCGAAGUGUCUUGUCCAACCACGAGCCUACAUCGAGCGAUGAACGCUGAUUUUAUCGACUCGAAGUUUCUCAACGGACUUGAGCAGAAGCUCGGGGGUGUAAUCGCCAUACGAUAUUCGUCACAGGAAGGAUUAGGUGACUUUCUCUGGAGCCAUUCCACAAAUUCCAUGAUAAUAGGCUACAUGAACACGUCGGAAAAUGCACCAGUGAGUUAUAUGUCGGUCUUACCGUCAUCCGAAGUAGGCAAGAAAGCUGUCGUUGAAGGCGUCUGCUUUAAAAUGAAGGGACUCGAAAUCUGAUUGAAAUUUUAUAGAUAGGAGAUGUAGAUAAACCUUUCGUAGAAUAAUUUAUAGCGCUAUAAACACUUUAUAUAUACACACACACUAUAUACAAACAACUUUUAUACAAAACCGCGACAUUUUAUUUAGUCAUUCAUGAUAGUGCUACAUACCGUGACGCAUUGUUUUACACACGAUCAUUUUAUACAGUACAGUUUCGCAGAUAUAUUUUCCUACACUUGACCUAAUUAUUGUUAACUCGUAAAAAUAUAAUAAACUUGAUGAUGGUUUAAAAUAUAACCUCUUGAUAUAAUUGCACUUUGAUCAAGUAUUUUAAGCACUGAAGCAAAUAUACAAUAAAAAAAAACUAUACAAGAUUAUAUACACAGAUAAUAUAUGAGAAAAA